GUAGGAAGUCCUUGUCCUCGUUGCUUUUGACCUCCGAAUACAACCUACAAUUGUUUUCCUACCAGGCAAUAGUAAAUAUCCCUACCACUCAACCAACCGAUACAAAGUGUGGGUUCCCAUCCGACCUGGCCUCAACCAGAGUUCGAAAGUAAUCGAAAGCAGAUUUAACUAAUACAACGAGUUCAAUCCAUCCUCUCUUGCCAAUAGACGUUUAUUUUGGCACCUCAACAAGGCUACUAUCUAUAUGAUAUCAACCAUACAAGUGAUGUGGAAGUGUAAUAUCCAUCAAAAUAUAUGACGAAAAAUUUCGUUCAUUUGGUUUCAUAGUCAACAAUAUUGACUUUAUAUCAAAUUCAUUUUGUUGGUACAUCGAUUAGCUUCUUCCAUUUACCUGACAAAUCGGAAAGUUGUAAUCGUCUCUGGUUUUAUUCGUGAUCGACGUCUUCUGGAAGUCGGUAGCAUAGCACAACGUAAGGAUGACAAAGCAUAAACAAGUCAGCGCUUAUAUUGUCUCAUCUUUAAUUUGGGCGUCUGUUUUAUUUCAGGUAUUCCUACUGAUCUCUGCAGGGGGUCCUUACCCGUCAGAGGAUAGGGAGCUCUGCCAGCAAAGCGAGGUGGAUGCAUGCAGGAGACUCGGCUUCCGCAACAUCUCCAUGAGUGACAUAUUUGGUUUGUUUGUCCCUCAGAGCGGGAUCGCGGAUGCAGUAAAUCACAUGAUGCCUCUAGUUGAUACCGGGUGCUCCCGGGACCUUCUUGCUCUGAUCUGCGGUGCCUAUCAUCCACCAUGUGACCAUGAGACGGGGGAGAGGAUGCCCCCAUGCAGGGACGCCUGCAGGAAGAUCAUCAACCAGAAGUGCAAAGGACAGUUGAAGCGUUUGGGAUUCCGGUCAGAGGAAGUCUUGCAAUGCAGGAACUACCCUUCCAAAAGACAGGAGAGGCGAUGUCUGAACGAUCUCAGCAAUUAUCGAGAGCAAGAAAGUACCACCACCAGACCUCCAACACCCACCACUCUUAUUAGCAUGGCAAAUGUUACAUCUAAUAUGACAAUGCCAAACACUACCUCCCAUAUUACCAAUGCAACCACCCCAGCCACUAACACAACCACCAUUGCCGUCAGACCCACGCCGGGAGAGUCCCGCGUUCCUUCUGUUAUUUUCACCCUGGAGCGAUCCGCAUCGAACGACGGCUGGGUGCUAAUCAGGGAACCGAAACCCAGCCUGACUCCCGAAGUCGACGGCUUCGAGGUCGUGUACUACAACGACCGCGGUGAUGACGGCGGUGAAAGGACGAUUUAUGGUCAAGAUCAGAUACAACUUCAUUUGAACUCUGAUGAUGCGUACACUGUCUUGAUCCGAGCCUUCAACGCAACUGACACGGGUGCUUAUCAGGAUGCCCGCAUGGAACCCUACAUUCACCCUCACUGUGAAGAGAUUACAUUUUCAACGUUUCGUAGCCUGUGCAGUAACGUGCAUUACCGCCACGUUCAGUAUUCGAGCGGAACGGCCUUCCCCUCCCAGGCCGCUGCUGCUGGCCUCAUUGCACCAGUCGAGAAGAUACUGAGAACCAUGGAUACCAAGUGUGCCGAUUUCAUGAGACAAUUCUUGUGCACGGUUUAUGCACCGCCCUGUGUCAAGAUGGGACCGCAUGGACCAGGACAUUUGCUACCUUGCCGUGAACUUUGUCAGCGUGUCGUAGACUCGUGCAACGCCGACCCGACAGCGGAGGUUUUCAGUGAAAUGGGAUACCUCAACUGCAGUAAUUUCCCGUCAAUAUUCGACGACAAUGCAACUUGUUAUAGUAAUGAAGUUGAGAUCUCACUGUGGCCUGUUGUUGCCGGAAAAGGUCACCUGAUCAGAGACGAGGGUUCAAAUAUCACCGCUUUCUGCUCCGCCAGCUGUGAGAACUGCUCUCGACCUCAGUGGCACGAUCCUAACGGCAGAGAAAUCACUGAAGACGGAAUAGAAAACACCAUCAAGGAUGUAUACACCACCAAUGUUGGUACCUUCACUUCUAUGUUGACGAUAACAUCACUGAAUUCUUCAUGGGUUGGCGAGUAUAUAUGUUGGUUCAAAAAUCAAGAGAAAACGAUUUCCGUUCAACUAUUCGGGAUGCCAACGUCAUCAUCAUCUGGAAGCAAUGGCACGUUAAAUCAGUCAACGACUCCAAAUGUAACGGUAGUGACCAAUGAGACAAUGGUGUACAAUGCCACAAUGAUGUACAACGUCACUACGACUCAAACACAAAACGUCACAAUGGUUUAUAACGUAACAUCCCAACCUACACCGUACUUCAUGAAUGACACGUCACACAACGUCACAAUGAUGAUAAAUUACACCACGGCAUCAGGUACGAAAACAAUGUGA